AUGCCCGUAAUAUCAGAGCGUACAAAGUUGGAUCAGGACCUCCUCAACCUUGAUGACGGUUCAGAAGAACAACCUAGGAAAAGAUCACCGGUUCGCAGGAGUCAAGGAAGGAACAGGAGAAGAAAUGAGAAGACCGGUCAGACACUGGAGGAAACCAAUACACACACAUCAGCGACUCAGGAAUUGAACUCGCCGCCUUCUCUGCUUUCUCAACAGCACAAUCCCAUUUACACUCCACAAGUGGAUUUGACUAGCAAUCUUGACCCCUCUCUAGAGGCAUAUAGCGACUCUACUCGAGAGCAACGAUCCAGCUCACCCAAAGACUCGACCGCUGAUUGGGCUCGAAAGGUUCCUUAUGGCCGUAGUCCGCCGCAUGGCAGAGCCAUUGGCUUAGCUGGAUCUCCCACUCAAUAUGAAGGGAGCCGGGGAGGCUUUGGCCAUGCCUCCCCUCCUACAUCACCCAGGAAUGCCUAUCGUCAACCUUAUCACCGGAAGCCUGAGUACCAAGCCUUUAGCGGGCUUUCGGGGGCUUCACCACCAAAUGCUAGACCACCGUCGAUGUACUCUACUAAUACCCAACACCCUACGCUGGUAAAUCGGCCCCCAGCACACUCCUUUGCCAGCCGGGAUGUGGAAUUUGGAAUCGCCAGGGCAAAUGCAGGAAAAGUCCUUCCAAGAGGUCGCCAGUGCUAUGUAUUCGAUACUCUAUCUUCCCCAGGCCCCAACAAUCCUUCAACAGAGCAAGACGUUUUGCUUGUCGGAUGUGACUGUGGUCUUGAUAUUUACAACGUUAACAAGUCACACUUCGUUCCCAUUGGCUACUUAAGUGGCCUACGAGGACAAGUCAUUGGAGCCACAACCUUGCCAUACUUUCCUGCAGAAAGCAUGAAAGCUUCUAUGCAUCCACUGGUGGCUGUAGUCGUUCAUGGUCUGUACCAACCUACGAGCGUCGAAAUAGGGCACGACACUCAAGAACAUACUCAUGAUGAAUUUGAGCCCUCAGAAUCCAUGCUCCAAGCUCUGGAAGAUGUUGAUAUACAAUACUAUCAGACGACAGUAGAUAUAUACUCUCUCAGCAAAGGCGAGUAUAUCACAACACUCUAUUCGAGCCCAAAGAUUGAAGUGUCACAACCUCUAGCGUAUGGAGCCGAGGCCAAUGCACCACCACCCGUUGGGGGCUUAUAUGUUCAAGCCCAAGGUAAGUUCGUCAUUAUUAGCUCAGGCGUAAGCGGUGAAGUAUUUGUCUUCGAGAGGCUUUCUUCGAGCAAAGAUCUUGAGAAUUCUGGAUUCCGAUGCAUCGGAAAAACUUGGACGAAAAUCUCGUCGAAGCAGAUCAGGAGCAUGUCUGUGUCCUCACGUGAAUCGGGACACGUGUCUGAGGACGAUGACCGUGAAACACCGGCAGGCCUACCCAUCCUCUCCCUCAGUGCGCGCUGGCUUGCUGUCUCUUCUCCUGCGUCUUCUUCUCAGACCUCAAUCCACGGCCGGGUUGGUAUGACGCAGGGUCGGAAAUUCCCUGGAGAAUCAACACACGCUUCACUUGCAGAGCCUCCGAUUACUUGUGAGCUGGACAUGCCGGAAGCAGAGAGCUUGUUGAAUCGAAUGGCACGCGAUGCCACCCAAGAGUUCGUGAAAGGAGCUCGGUGGGUUGGUAAACAGGGCCUCCAAGCGUGGAGCAGGUAUUGGGCAAAGCCAACUGAGCCCAGCGCUACGUUACCAAAUUUAUCUCCUCCACGUAGUCACACUACAAAUCCAUCCGCUCAACAUUUCCCACCAACCCAUGCUCAGGAGCAUACAGGCGGACGAACGAAAACUUCCCCAGCGCUGGUUUCCGUCAUUGAUCUUGAUAAGCUAUCACAGAGUCAGCAUUUGAAGGAGGCGAAUGCUUUGCAGCCAAUUGCAACUUUUACGAUUCCAGGUGGGUGCAGCAUUAUGUCAUUUGCUCCCACCGGCCUCUUGCUCUUUACAGCCAGUACCAAAGCGGAUAUACAGCAGGUGUGGGACCUCACGCGCGUUAUUCAUGGAGAGAUCAGCCGUCUAGCAGACAUUAUCAAAGGUCCCAGUAUUCGAGAAGUGGCUCGCUUCACUCGAAUGACGGAAGCACGGCUUGUAGAUAUUGCUUGGACGACUCCCAACGGUAGGAAAUUGGCUGUCGUUAGUGACAACGGUACAGUCCAUGCAUACAGCUUACCAUCCACCGCUGCUGUCUGGCCUCCCGUGCGCAAAGUGCAGCCCUCCGCAAAGAAUGUCGGCGGUGAUGGCAGGUCGACCAGUCAAGAACCUGCAUCAGCCCAGCCAGAGUCCUCUCGCGGGUCCAUUAAUUCCACUUUUGAAAUGCUCACAGGCAAGACGAACGCAGGUGCAGGCAGUUCAUUCGCUGCACUUGGCGGCUUUGCCUCACAAGCUAGCGCUCAAACUGGCAGAACUGUGGCAGCAAGUAUCAAUCGAUCAUUCACAGCAGCAGCGACUGGGACUGUCAAUACGUUGCGACACUUGGGUGAAAAUAGAAUAAGUCUGCCAGGCUCCUCGAGAUCUGUUGGGGUCGGAUGCAUCAGCUGGUUCAGCCAACGAGCUGGAGAUGAAUUGUCCCUUGCUGUGACGGGCUCAGGGUACAUUCGAGUCUAUACGAUCCGUCAAAGCCAUCAUUCGAAGGCUACCAAACGCCGUCCUUCCACGCUGGGCAGCAAGCCUUCUGAAUAUUCCAUACCGAAGCGACAUAGAGGUCAGUCCGGGGCGAUGCAAGGACCGCCGUCGCCUGGCUCAUUCUGGCGUGCACUCGAAGAUCGGCCAAACUCUCGAGGGCCGCAGCAGAGUGUGCAUCCCUUGUCACAUGCUGAGAUUGAGACUCAUGCGCCAUACCAACCUUUUCAUACUGAUGGACGGGUCAACUUUUUCAUCUAUGAUGGCGAGAAGAUUCAACAGAGCAGAGGUUAUGAGGCUGACGGAGCACCAUGGGUGUUUGGCGACGAGAUUGCGGCGACCAGAGUUGGCCUUGGUAGCAACGCGAAUGAGGCAGAUGAAAGCAAUGCUGACGGGGGACUAAUAGGUCAGAUGGACAACAUUUCCAAAGACGAAGGCAAUGGCAAUGUGCAGGACGAACAGCAGAUUUUGGUUACGACACGGCGCAAGCGACAGAGAAAGGUAGACGCGGCGGCGAAUGAGAAUGGGGAUUUUUUCGAAGACGACCUCGAGUUUGUAGAUUUCGCACAUGAGCGGGUGUAA